AUGACGUGUGGAUCACGACGUCUGUGCGUCUCAACUACCACAAUGUCCUCGUCUCGCUGCAGUCUCUUUAGACCGUGUAUCGACUUGCACAAUGGCCAAGUCAAGCAGAUUGUCGGCGGCACCUUGUCAGAUUCCGAUCCAGACACUCUUAGGACUAACUUCGUCGCGAGACAGACCGCUGGUGAAUUCGCUCAAAUAUACAAAAAACAUAAUCUGCAAGGCGGUCAUGUUAUUAGGCUUGGGCCAAGGAAUGACGAGGCUGCACGAGAGGCUCUUGCUGUUUGGCCAGAUGCCCUACAGAUAGGAGGAGGGAUCAAUGACUCGAACGCGAAGUAUUGGAUCGGUGCUGGUGCUAGCAAGGUCAUCGUGACUUCAUACCUUUUCCCCAAUGGCAAAUUCUCGUUGGAUCGUCUCAAGGCUGUCAAUGCUGCGGUUGGAAAGGAAAGGCUGGUCGUCGAUGUUAGCUGCCGUCGAAGAGGCGACCGGUGGCAAGUCGCCAUGAAUAAGUGGCAAGACAUUACAGACAUGGAGGUAUCGAAAGAGUCUUUGGAUAUGUUGUCGGAAUAUUGCAGCGAGUUCCUCAUCCACGCGGCCGACGUGGAAGGUUUGUGUCAGGGCAUCGAUGAAGACCUUGUGCGCAAGCUCGGUGAAUGGGUAACUAUCCCGACGACGUAUGCUGGUGGGGCAAAGGACAUUUCUGACCUUGAUUUGGUUGAUCGACUAUCUGGUGGCCGAGUUGACCUAACCUAUGGAAGUGCGUUGGAUAUGUUUGGUGGCCAGCAGGUGAAAUUCGAUGAUCUGGUUAAGGAAAAUGCCACACGACAGGCCAAAAACGCUGUACUGUCGCCAUGA